AUGUGCGAUGUUUGCUCCGGGUUUCUGAAUCUUCUCGUUUCAUAUGAGUCGCGGCUUAAUGGCAACAAUGACACGGAACAUCCUGUGUUCCCCCAAAAGCGCGAGGUGGAAACCGUGCUCAACUACAUACAGACGUGGCCGAACCGACAGUGCAUGUGUUGCUAUAGGGAUGUGAAAAACUUCGAACGAUUCAAUCUAGUAGUGCAGGCGAUUGUCUAUUUUACGGUGUAUCAGCUGAAGAACAUCCGUAAACUGCUGGCCCAAAAUCAACUGCAAGCUUCAGCGGCCUCGAGUGCGACGGCGGGAAUUCCAUCGGAGCCGCCGGUGCCCACAAAAGACGCGAUCACGGGCAGCGAGGGAAACGACAAUGUAGCGAACAAUGAACGAACGAAGCCAAGUGAUGCUCCGGUGUCGAAUCUAGAGCCGUCGGUAAACUCUGAGGAUCGCAUCAAAGAUGGAAGCCACCGGGAGUCAGAUAGCACCGCGGAGCAGACCGACGGGACACAGGAAAGCGAUAAGCAGGUGGCCUCCUCUACCUCGAGCAAUCAACGCACGGUGGACGAAGUGUGGACACUGGUGGACGUCGAAAAGUUGCUGAUCCUGGUAUCGAAAGUAUUCCUGCUGAACUUCCCACUGUACGUGGCCUACAAGCACGGAGUGCAUGCCCGCCUGGACGAAGUUUCAGCGCAGGAGGUGCAAACGCUGAGUAUUUUCUGCGAUCUGCACGACAGUGAAAUUCCGGCGUUCUUGUUGCGCAACGUGUCCCUGUUUUGCAACUACGCCGGCUUCGACGUGAUGAUACAGUGCUUCGAUCAGCCCGGUCUCCCGGUAUCAACAGCGCACGCCAUAACGGCCACCAGUUCCAACAUCAAGCUGUGGAUCAACUACCGUUCGAUCGUCCAACUAUUCAUUCCGUUGCGCGUGAAAGUACUGCAGUACAUGUGCCGCCUAUCCGACCAGGAUCUGCGUUCCCCGGCUACAAAGUCAAUGGCCGACUUCAUGUGGACCGCCAUCAAGGACCCGCUCGAUUCCCAGAUCACCUUCGACACGGAGGGGCUGGCGCUUGCGUUCAAAUACUUCACGUCGUCUACCUUGACGAUGCGGCUUGCCGGCAUGGCACAAAUUAACGCGCACAUCAACAUGUUCAAUGACAUCUGCACCUCGGAGACGGUUUCCGAGGUUGAGGCCGUUGGGCUGAAGCUGGCCAACUGGUUGACCGAGAAUCAGAUCAUCUCCCACCUGUUCGGUCCCAACCUGCACGUCGAGGUAAUCAAACAGUCGCACAUAGUGCUCAACUUUCUGGCAGUCGAAAAUCAGAUCACCGAAGAACAUGUGAGUUUGAUGUGGCAGGCCGCACAGCUGAAGCACUGCUCCAAGACGAUCUACGACAUUUUGCCCUCGCUCGUGAAAAAUCUCGCCCCCAAACCGGCGGGCCAUCUCUACGCGCUGCUCUGUCGGCUCGAUCCGAAAGAGCACACCGAGCAGAGCAUCUACAUUGCGUCGGCACUGACGAAACUUAUUUGGAUGCGAGACUGUUCGCGACAAACGCUGAUCGAUAUGAGCAAGUCCGUUGGUGCUGGUUUCGGCUCAGAGAUCAUUGCGAACCGUGGCGACUACAACGAGCUCCCUUCGAGCUCGGAGAACAGUGUCAGUGUCGAUGGAAGUAAUAGUGACGAGGAACAUCCCGAGGAAGAUAGUUCGGAUGUCGAGGUACCACCGCAUGCUUCAGUCACUGGCCACAAACCUACGGCGCUACUGGGACCGCCGGACACGCGUGAAGGCGAGUCAGACACGGGAGCGCCACCCUGCAAGCAGGCCCGUCAUAAGAACUGCUGCGACGAAACCGAUGAUGGCCUGAAGGUGGAACCUGACAUUUAUGAUGUUCAUCAGCGAAUGAAGGAAAAAAUGCGAAUCCCUUUAAUGACACGAUCGAUGGCCGCGUUCAACGAGGACGCCACAAGCAGUGACGAGUGCAUUGAUGUAGACGAAACCUUUCUGCUUCGCAAAAAGCUGCGCAAAAAGCGGCGAAAGAUCAGCGGUCUCACACGCAAAGAGCUUCAAGAGUUGCAGGAAAGUGUGUCCGAUGUGGAGGACAGCGAUCUGCUGGCCGCCAUGCUGCCCGAUAGCGAUUGUAGCGAUAACAACAUGCAAACGUCCGUACUGCGCCACAUUCAGCAUCAGCAGCAGCAAAAUAGUGGCCUGGGAGUGGUUGCACAUGGAGCACUGUGUGCAGGACCUCUAGGGAUUCCCGGUAAUAGUGGCAGUGGCAGCGGCGGCCCCGGUGCCGGUCCCAGUGCCGGUUCCCUAUCCGAGCGGGAGGCAAUGUUGGUUGGCCGAGCAAUGAGCAACAGUGUGGUAGGAAGACGCGAGCCGGGCACCGACGAGGUGACCAGUUUCAUGGGUGCGAUAGGCGAGGGGCAUUUGAUCAAUUUUCUCAACGAGGCUGACAACGAUGGUAGCUGCUCGUCGCCGUUGAGCAACAAAUCGGAGAAAAAUAUGGCCGAUUUCGAUGAUGAGGAGUCACCGUGCGACGAAGAGCUGGCACAGCUGGCGGCGCGCGCCGAAUCGUUGCACGCGUCAUUUCCGAUACCACGGCCACGGUCGAUUGGUGCCGUGUCGGGUCCUCCAUUACGAUCGUCCGCAUCGGCAUCGGGGUUAGGCUUGGUGAAGCACGCUCACUCUUCGCACUCACCAGGUGGUUUAACGAGAAGUGUGCCCAUAAACGGUGGCAAAGGGCCAAAGGGACCCUCGACCAAGACGAAGGACAUCUUGCAGGCUACGGCAGCGCUCGCUGCUUCAGCCGCAAGCGUCGGCGGAGGAGUCACAGUGGGCAUGGGAGCCACGGUGGGUGUGGGCUUGGGAGCCACCGUGGGCGCCCCUUAUCGAUUUCCGGACGUUUGCCACCCGGGGAACACUCUUUUGUGGGAUCUACUUCAAGAUGAUAAAAUUGGUCAACUGGGCGAAUCGAUUGCACUGGAAGCGGAGAAGGUGCUCGGCACGUUGCUCUGCUUUCACACAGACAAAAACAUUCGCACGCGGUUCAUCGAAGGGUGUUUACAAAAUUUGGCGGAAAACCGCAGCGUGCUCACGAGCCUGAAGCUGUUACCGAAGUUGUUUGCGUCGUUUCAACAGUUUCGCGAUGUUACGACACACCAGGUGGUGCUGUGGUCGGAAAGGCAGCAUCGGAUGAUGUACCAUUUCUUCAACAAUCUGAAGUACUACACCUCAAUCGUGCGUGGCACCGCGGCCGAAGGCUCCUUUCCGGUUGGUGCGAACGCGCCACUCUACUCGCACGUGGCACAGAUCCAGGUCCGCUUGCAGUUUCUCUCGUCGGUGUUCAGCGACGUUGGUUCGCCGCGCAACUUCCGCCUAACGCUGAACCAGGUAGACAGCCUGUGGGCCUGUUUGGCGAAUGAUUUGGAGUGCAGCGAUUGUCUGUUCGCGUGGCUGCAGGCGCAGGUGAAAGGAGGCGAUACGCACGCCCUGGGCCUCAACGCUGUGCAGCAUUUGUACUUGAAGCGUCUGGCGGAGCUGAAGCCGGAGGGCAUCUCCAUGAUAGCGCUGGGGCUGUUCCAGCAACUGUUUACGCUCGGUCGUGAGGAGUUGUUCGGGCAGCCGGUGGAAGGCGCAAAUCGCGAAAGUGACACCAUUGGGAUGGAGCACCUCUGGAAGAUUGCGCUGCGGGCGACCAACACAGACGUGUCGCUAGCGGCCAUUCAGUACAUCAACACGUACUACAUGGAGAAGCAGCUCAAGUUUGAACAUCAGUUCGUGGCGCAAUGCAUGACCCACCUUUCGCAAGCGGUAGAAGAACUGAACCAGCAUUCCGACGGUGGGGCCACGACAGAGUACGCGCUCAUGUGCGUGCAGCGUGCGCUGAUGCUACUCAACACCCAUCUGGAGACAUUUCGCCGGCGCUACGCGUUCCAUCUUCGGCGUUGGGCGCUGGAGGGCAAAGAGAUAGGUGCUCCGAGUGCCCUUCGCACAGAAGGUCCGGGACCUCCGAUACGGAUAAUACUGCAGCCGGCCGGAGUGCCCGAUAAGUCUGUUCUCCAUCUGCACGCCAGCGAUCUCGUCGCCGAUCUCAAGGCAGAAAUUGCCAAAUGGUGGGAAACGCCUCCGGAAGACAAGGAGUCCGUUGGUGUAUCAGGCGAGGGUAUCGGCAACAUCCCUGUCCCCAACUGUACCCCAACCGAAGCUAAGACGACGCCCGGUGGCAACACCGCUCCGGUACUGGGCUUGCUGCUGAACGAUGGGCCACUACGCAUUAUAACACAGGGCCAGGAAAUAACGUCCGAGUAUGAUGAACGCAGUCUGGCCGAUGUCGGCUUCAAGGACAAUCAGAUGGUGUACGUGUCACUCGGCGGACGGAGCGGACGUCGCCGGGAGCAAACGGAGCAUCCAUCAAUGCUUCCACCGCCACCGAAAGACUGCCUGCCGACGUUGCUGCUCCUGAAGCCUCCGUACUUUGAGCAGCUGUUCCGAUUGAUGCAGACGUUGGGCGACAUGAAGAUAAGCUCAACUGGCGACCGCUGCCAACCGAACACCAAGGCACAGCUGCUUUCGCGCCGGGUAUGGGACAUUCUGGCCAUGCUACCUACGUGUCCGUCGUUUUUGGGCACACUGAAAAAUCUUUCCUUCGAGUGUGCUGAUCAACAGCAGCGGCACCGGCAACACGCAGAGGAGCCGCCCACGGAAAAUGGCCACCGUCCGAAGAUCACGCCACAGCUGAUAUGCUACACGUUGGAAGAAAUACUCGAUCCACGUAAUUUGCAAAAGUUUAUGUACGCACUGCACAUCGUCGAAAGCUUGUGCAAGUCCAAGUUUGUUGGCGCCUGCUGUGGCGGUGGCUUAGCCGCCCCUGUGAAGCCCGUUCCGUUCGGCGGACCCAGUGGACUCGGUUGCAGUAGUCCUAGUACGAGCGCAAAAACACUGUCGGUCAAAAAUCAACUGAAGCUCAAGAUAUCGACCGCAAAAUCAAUGAAGAUGGCAGCAACUCAAUCAACCGGUGCACGAUCGCUCGAUCCGGCUUCAUCCGGAGUGGAGCGGAGUGACAUGAAGCGUAUCGCCGAAGGUCCCACCGAUGCGGAGUCAACGAAACAGCAAAUCGCCACCGAGUACGAUCGUCUUGACGAAUCGUUCAAAACACCGCAGCAGGAAGCUCGGAUAGGCGACGUUCAACAGCCGCCAGUUUCGGAAGGGGAAACCAACGUGCACGACUCGGAACCAUCGCCUGCAGCGGUGGCUGGGCCGGCGCCAGCUGCCGGAGACAACAAAAGGGCCGACGCGCCCGGCCCAACCGAGGCAAUCGAAUGGAGUGGCGAGUUUAUAAAGUGCGGUGGCCUCGCCCAUCUCUAUCGCAUCUUCUUAUCCGGUGUGUUACAAAAACGGGCCGAUGGUUCGGACGGUGACGAGCUGAACGAGUGGCGCCACGAUUGUUUGGCCUGGCUGCUGCGGGUGCUCUGUCUGCUCGGCGUGGAAGACCUGCGGGGAGAGAGCGAAGGGGUCAAAGUUCCCUCGCUCAAUCGGGCAACUCUGGCGCUGCUAGAGGUGCGACCAACGCUCGAGCGAAUCGCUUCGAUACUGAACGAGGAAUCUUUGCCGCUCAAUCCGAACCUCUACAAAACGGGUCUGUUCGGGCGACCGCAGGUCAUACACUACGCAAUGAACCUGCUCGUCUGCUAUGCGCACUCUUGCCCGGAGGUGCACCGCACACUGUGGACCAUAGACGCCAACUCGCACUGGUUGCAGCGUCUCAUACUCGACGACCCAGAACCGGCGGUACGGCGGGAGGCCUGCGCGGCGCUCUAUCGCCUGUGUUUGGGCAACUCGCAAACGUACUUCGAACUGAUGGCACCGCUGCUGUCGAAGUUAGUGGCGCUUCUGCCGGUGGCAGAAAACAUGAAGCCACAGAGCCUGCUGGGCGGUGGCCCGUCGACCGUUGCCGGUAUCUACGCCGCGCUGCUUUCAUCCGGAGAUGAGGGCAAGGAACCGUACGGUCCAGCUUGUAGGGACUACUUUUGGCUGCUGUGUCGCCUGGUCGAAUCGCUGUCGCCGCAGCCAUUGAAGGCAGGCAUUAUGGCCGAUGGUGGUGGCAUGCAGCAGAUGAACGCGAUCGGGUUGGACGCGAUGUGCCAGCAGGUGGCCCGUAGUGUUCUGCAUCGGGAUCAUCUGGAAAGUCGGCACGGCAGCCCGGACGAUGGGCUUUUCGGGCUACUCAACCUGAUGGCCAACUUGCUGAAGUUUGACCCACCGUUCAAGUUCAGUCUCGCCGGCCAGGACUUUAUGGUCAGCGUGUUCAGUUGCCUGUUCGAGCUACCGUCGCCGGAGGACCGCGAGAAACCCAAGUGCAAAAGCCACAAUGCCCGGGCGGCCGCUUACGAUUUGUUGGUCGAAAUGUGUCACAACGCACCGAAAAACUACCUGCUGCUCCACGGCAAGCUGAUGCAGCAGCACCGAGCGGGCCCUCAUUCGCCCUACCCGUGGGACUACUGGCCCCAGGACGAGGGGCGCUCCGAGUGCGGUUACGUAGGACUCACGAACCUAGGGGCGACUUGCUACAUGGCCUCCUGCAUUCAGCAUCUCUUCAUGACCCCACAAACCCGGGACGCCAUUUUGGCCAUCGCGACCGAUGCCCCGCAAAAGCAUAAGGCCACCCUGUACGAGCUGCAACGCAUGUUCGCGUACCUGAUGGAGUCGGAACGGAAGGCGUACUGUCCGCGCUCGUUCUGUCGUGUCUACCAGAUGGACCAUCAGCCGCUGAACACGGGCGAACAGAAGGAUAUGGCCGAAUUUUUCAUCGAUCUCGUCUCGAAGCUCGAGGAAAUGACGCCGGAGUUGAAAAACCUCGUCAAGCGCAUCUUUUGCGGUGUCAUCAGCAAUAAUGUUGUGUCCUUAGAUUGUGGCCACGUGAGCAGAACGUUGGAGGAGUUCUACACCGUCCGGUGCCAGGUGGCGGAUAUGCGCAAUCUGCACGAAUCGCUCGACGAGGUGACGGUAAAGGACACGCUCGAGGGCGACAACAUGUAUACGUGCUCACAGUGCGGCAAGAAGGUACGGGCGGAGAAGCGCGCCUGCUUCAAGAAGCUGCCGCAAAUCCUCUGCUUCAACACGAUGCGCUACACCUUCAACAUGGUCACGAUGCUGAAGGAGAAGGUGAACACACACUUCUCCUUUCCGAUGCGGCUGGACAUGUCGGGGUACGUGGAGAAAACGCUCAUGCCACAGCACUACCAGGAGGAGAAGCGCAAGUCGCAGAUGCGGCGCUCACACUCGCGCAACGUUAGCGAAUCGUCGACGACGGAGGUAGCGAUGGGCAGUAGCAGCAGUAGCAGCAGCAGCACGACGAUGCCAGGAAACGAUGAUAGUAGCAGCAGCACCGGUAGUAGCAACGGCAACCCGACGGGCGGUGCAGGUGACAGAAAGCAGCCGCAUGAUGAUGGCGAUAUGGCGAAGAGUGGAAGCUUGGCCGAGGAAGAGAGAAGCCCCGAAAAGACAGUGAACCUCAACGAAAACGGGUCCUCUAGUAACGAUGGAAGCAACGAUCUGCAGCGCCAACAGCAGACGAUGGACGAGGAAGACUCGGAAGAUUUCAACGAACACUACGAGUACGAUCUGGUCGGGGUCACUGUGCACACCGGCAACGCCGACGGUGGCCACUACUACAGUUUCAUCAAAGAGCGCAACGAGGACGGCGAUCCGAACCACCAGGAGCGCUGGUUCCUGUUCAACGAUGCCGAAGUGAAGCUGUUCGAUCCGUCGCAAAUUGCUGCCGAGUGUUUCGGUGGCGAAAUGACGAGUAAAACGUAUGAUUCGGUGACGGAAAAGUAUCUAGAUUUUAGCUUCGAAAAAACAAACUCCGCGUACAUGCUGUUCUACGAGUGGCGCUCGAACAAGGGUAAGAAUGUGCAGCGCGAUCAAGUGGAUCAACAACUGCCUGCGGCCGAGAAACGAUCCAACGCUCUCCACCCGGCACCUGUCGUCUUCGAUAGUAGCGGGUCGCAACAGUCACGAACCGCCGCUACUUUGCCAUCAGCGAAAAGCACUUCCAUCGGCACAUCCAACACAAGCAGCCCCACCAUUACCGCUUUGUCUUCUACCACCAAGAGUUCCGCUACCGUUGCCCUCGCAGCUAGCAGGGGGGCGUCGGACGAGGUGAUUAAGAAGCAGCGAGGUGCUGCGAAGCCGUCAUCGGCUUCGCUGAUGGAUGUGCCAUCGGUUGUUGCACCAUGCGAAGCAUUAAAGCCCGAAACGAGUAGCGUACGUGAACAAGAGACUGAACAAAAUCAACAACCUAGUGAACUAGCUAAGCAAAAACAUACUAAUCUAAGUAAAUGUGAUAUAGAUAAUAAGAACGCUACUAGCACUGCUAGGAAACCUCCAUCACACCCGUCAUCGUUAGCCACGGUGACCGUAAGUCCCGUCCCGUCGAUAGCAUCGAUCGCGAGCACCGCCUCACUUUCGCCGGCCUCGACCGCUUCGACCGCGUCGGCUGCCUCGAGCUGCGCUGCUCCGUCUAUCGCUGCACUACACCCGCUGGUCGUUCCCGCGAUAUCGCCGGCAUCGUCAUCGACGCCCGCGUGUAUGGGUGCACUCGGGACGGUGCCGGUCAUGGGCUUCCCGGGCGCAGCAUCAUCGCCUGCAGCCGCCAUGCUUCACGGUGAGCCGGCACCUUCCAGCUACUCGUCGAUAUCGUCGCUAUCAGCACUGACGGCCACCGUGGGUGGAAACAUUGGUCUACCGAUGGCUGCCGUCGUUGGACAAACGGCAGGGCCCGCGUCACUGCACACUUCACCCCACGUGGUUGUACUGCAGUCAUCGUCACCAGGCUGCUCGAGUGGCACGGCCGUCAGCGGUAGUAGUAAUAGCGGGAGCGGAGGUUCGCUCGUUGUCAAUCGAAUCAGUACGACUAAUAAACGGCUCCGGCGCAGACCACUUUCGAAGGAGCUCGAAGAAUGGAUAUGGCAGGACAAUCGCCACUUUCUGCAGGACCGCAACAUAUUCGAACACACCUACUUCAACUUCAUGUGGCAAGUGUGUGGCCACAUACCUCAAAGUUUGCUCGCACUCCCCGACAUAACGUGCAUCGCUGCGCAACUGUCUGUGUCGUUUUUCAUCGAAACGUUCAUUCACGCAAAAGAAAAGCCAACGAUGGUGCUGUGGGUCGAGCUGCUCACGAAGCAAUUCAACGCGAGUCAGGAAGCGUGCGAAUGGUUUCUCAGCCACAUGUCCGCUGAGCCGUGGUGGCCAGUUCAAGUGCUGAUACAGUGUCCAAACCAAAUGGUGCGUCAAAUGUUUCAGCGGCUCGUGAUCCAUGUCAUUCAGCGUUUGCGGCAAACCCACUGCACUCUCUAUCUGAAGGCGGAAACGGAUGUAGAUGGCAACGAAAUCAUUGGCAGUGUGUCGUGCGUUACACGCUUCAUCAAAUCGCUCAUCAUGCUGAUGGAGCACGGCGCCAAGGCGCACUCCAGGCAUCUGUCGGAGUUUUUCGGGCUGUUAUACGAGUUCUCUCGGAUGGGCGAAGAGGAGGCGGUCUUUCUGCUACGCAUUAACGUCAUACGCAGUGUGGCCGAUUUUUAUCUCGGUCACAAGGGGCAGGAAUGUAUCGACGCCAGUUCGGAUAACGAGGAAAACUCUUCUGAUGAAACGCUAGCCGUGGAUAAGUCGAGACCGGCGUCGUUGGACAAGAUGAUCGCGCUCGUCGCCUCGCUCGUAGAGCGUUCACGUGGUCCUGACCUACGCUUGCACCUUUCCGCUCGUGACUACAACGCCAUUGCCGGUGGCAAAGGGUUCCCGUUUCUCUACCAGCAGAUCAAGGACAACAUUAACCCGCACCAAACCCGCCAUCUAAUUCACGCACUGUGCCGCUGUGACGAACGGUUGGCCAGUCAGAUCAUAGCAAUGCUGUUUACCGCCGUUACCAAGCACACUGAACUGUGCGGACCAUUUUUCAAGCUGCUAACACUGCUGACGGAAUCGUCUGGCGGUCCAUCCGGCUUGCCGUGCUUCUCGCAGCUCGUGCUGCAGCGCGUCUGGGAUGCGGCCGAAUACUGCCCCCAGUCGGCGCUCGACUGGUUGGCCGUGCAGGCGCCGCGCAAUAAAAUCGCUCACACCUGGAUUCUGCAGUCUGCGGAGAGCUGGGUGGAAACGUUUCUGCUCGCGCACGGCAACGCACGGGUGCGCAAUGCUGCUGCCCACCUGCUGGUGUCCCUAGUGCCUUCGCAAAGCUUCCGCAACAAUUACCGUGCCACGUCGCACCACAAGCUCUCGAUACACGUGUUCCAGCAUCGGGAGAUCUCCUGCGAAGCGCAGAUUAUACUUCACACUAUUCUCAACCUGCUGCUGCUGUUGCUGCGUGCGGCCCGCAACUACACGGACAUUAGCGUCCACGGAACGACCAAGCUGACCGCAUAUUUCAAUCUGUUGACCUACUGCUUGGUGUCAAAAACAGAGAAGCUUAUGGUGGGACCACAUCUACGGGUGCUCUGGGAACUGUUUCACCCGCGGCUUUCUGAGCCUGCGGUACCCGCCCAUCACAACAAGCAAGCUUUGCUAGCGUUCUGGUACCAAGCAACGCAGGACUGCCCAGAAAAUGCCAGCCUCGUCGCGAACUGUCCAGACAUUACGAGGAACAUCGCAUUUAAUUACAUUCUAGCGGACCAUGACGAUACGGAAAUAGUAACGUACAAUCGGGCGAUGCUGCCGGUUUACUAUGGUCUGCUACGGAUGUGCUGCCAGCAAAGUCGCCUGUUGACCCGUCAACUGGCCGCUCACCAAAACUUGCAGUGGGCGUUCAAGAACAUUACGCCCCACCCGACGCAGUAUCCAUUGGCGGUGGAUGAGCUGUUCCGGCUGAUGAACCUCUUCGCUCAGCGGCAACCGGACGCAACCGAAGCCGAGCAGCGCGAAGUAACAAUGUUUCGCCGGACCACGCUGACCGCCUACCUAAGCGGACUGGAUGCGCGCGUUUCAUGGGGAACGCUUAUAGCGGCCCUACGGAUGCUGGUCGACAACGACGAAGAUCGGAUGUACGUCGUGCUGAACGGUGGCAUCACGCUUUGCUUCGACGCACUGCACACGCUGCACUCGAUGUACCACGAGGCUACGGCUUGUCACGUGUUUGGCGAUCUCCAGGAGCUGCUGACGGAGGUGAUCCUGUUGGUGAGCACACUGCGAAUCAAUUGCCGCGAGCAGAAGAAACGAAUGCCACCCACCCUGCUGAAGGGGUUGCCGGAUGCGAUCCGUCGGUUGGCAACUCUCCUGAAUACGUUCAAUCCACCGGAAAUGCGUAAUCUCGCGUUGGAGGUGCUGAAGGAGCUGGUCAAGUGUGCUCCGGCGGACAUUGUCACUACGGUUUUGGUUCCGCUGCUAACCAACUGUCACGCUCCGCAUGUGCACCAUCUGGUGCAGCAGACAGCAAACAACACCGCGGGAGCAGCGGCCCAUGUCGCCGCGUCCGUUGGCCCGUUGGGGUCGUACUUCCCGCGUCGGGGUGUCAAAGCGGCAUGGCCACCGGUUUCGAAGAAUACACCCCGUCCGCCGCGGCCAAUGGUGCAGAUGAACAUUCCACAGUCACAGAUCUGCGAAAAGGGAUUGGAUAAAGAUUUCGAUCUGGCGUUGGAAUUGUUCUACCGUCCCUAUCAUGAGUUUCUUGACAUUCUGUUCCGGGUGGCGGUAACGACGAACUACUUUAGCGAACCGUUCGUCCAUUUAUCGCUGCUGGCCGGCAUCGAGGCGGUCGUGUUACACUUUAACAUUUUCCCCAAGUUUUGGGUUGGCAUCUACAACAAUAAAACUACGCACAGAUACUCGGAAAUGCUGAUCAAAAAUCCACUGCUCAUCGACUACAUCGACAAUGUGCUGAGGGACGAACGAUUGUCGCUAAACGAUCCGAUUAUAGCGAACCUCAUCGAGAUCUACUAUCCGAAGAUAAAGUCACGGCUCGUAGUACCCCGGCUGCUAGAGUCCAUCUGUCAGCUGCUGCCGGAUAAGGGCAACCUGGAGGACAUUUGUGGAGACUUGCAAGCCAUCCGUAUCAUCGGCCAGCGCACCGGAAUUCCGAACAGUGUGAAAGGCCCGCUGCAACACUCAUUGAACACGGUGCUGGCAAAGUUCAAGGACGAAAUUUACAGUGAUGAGGAAACGCCUCCCAAAAAACGAAAAGUCACCGUGCCACACAUCACGAUCCACCCGGUUGUACGGUCGGAAGGUGACAGCGAGUGUGGGGUCCCUUCAUCAGCAUCACAGUCUGCCGGCAUGACGUCAACGGCACUCGGUGCGAAACCUUCACGAUUGAAGGAACCGAUUUUACCGUCGAUUGAAAUCACCGUGCAGUGCAACAAGCAGCUGCAACAAAGUUCCGCAAGUGACGAGAUUAGUGGCCCGAGCACGAUCAAACCUUCAACCGGGGCGAUCGGUGACCCAAUCGGUGAGGCACCGUCGUCGACCACCAGCGUCGCGUCAACCAAGGGCGUCGUAGUGAGCCCGACGGAGGGAGGCAAAAAGUGCGAACACGACAUGACACCGCCGACCCCGGUGCAAAGUAAAGAGCAGUCCGGAUCGGACAAUAGUGAUAGCAAACUGGUGCCACCAAUUGAACAGCAAGGAGAAGCGUCGGUGCCGAGCGCCAAGGAGACACUCGUUACCGAUGUAGCCGUUGGCCCUCUGGUUCCCUCUGGUGCCGCUGCGGACCAGCAGCAGAAGCAGCAAAAACAGCAGCAACAUUAUUUGCGAAACUUGGUGAAAGACAUCGAAAGUCAUAUCGAACUCAUUUUCGAGUGCUUGGAUGAUGAGGACGAACACAAUGCUGUCGGGCGGGAAGCUGAAAAGACGUGCAACCAGCGGGGCGACGAUGACAGGGAAAGCUCAGUCGCCUGCUUGGAUCAACCGCUUUUGGCAAAAAUCAAAACUGCUUCAUCUCCUGCCAUCCUCGAUCAGCAACCCAUGUCCAGCGAAAAGGUUGUUUCACCGGCCGAGAGCAGCGGGGUCCGCGAGCAAUCCGGAACCGUCGGUCAAAGUUGGCUCUCAACCAGCAACGAAGACCAACAGUGCGGAAGUCCGAAAAAGAUGAAAAAACUACCUUCGACAAACGAGCCAGUUGCUAAGAAGAACGAAGCAGAAAAAGGCGACGCUGAUGGCGGCGGUGGCAGUGCUGUCGAGGAACCAUCAGCAGCAGACGGCGGCGAUUGUCGUGCGGUGUAUGCGUUGCAUGAGCAGCAACCGCAGACUGAAGCAACCGCUGCUAUCGAAGGAAACCCCUAGAGUGACGAAAAACAAAGCCAGGUUCUUUGAUACUGAUGUUAUCAUCCCUAGAUAACAUCAUUAGGCGUUGGGUUUUUGGUAACGGGAGUCGCUUUUGCGGAUAGGCAACACAGAUUUGUUUCAAAAACGAAUUAUUCAUACAGACACAGUAGUAUAGGCAGGCGACAUUUUAACCCAUUUUCUUCUUUCUCCCGUCUAAUAAUAUGCUUUUCCGUCGUGACGGCCAACGAAAUAAUUUCUCUACCACCGUGAUUAAUUUCUAUUAUCGUCAUUAUUAAUAUUAUUAUCA